AUGUUAAUGUAUUUUGUCCUACAUUUUAAGGGACUCUGGAUUUUUAACUUGUACAGAGUACUUUACAUGGCCUCACCCAGCAACUACUCCACUGCUCCAGUCUCCGAAUUCCUCCUCAUCUGCUUCCCUAACUACCAGAGUUGGCAGCAUUGGUUGUCUCUGCCCCUCAGCCUCCUUUUCCUCCUGGCCAUGGGGGCCAACGCCACCCUCCUGCUCACCAUCCAGCUGGAGGCCUCUCUGCACGAGCCCAUGUACUACCUGCUCAGCCUCCUCUCCCUGCUGGACAUCGUGCUCUGCCUGACUGUCAUCCCCAAGGUCCUGGCCAUCUUCUGGUUUGACCUCAGGUCCAUCAGCUUUUCUGCCUGCUUCCUCCAGAUGUUCAUCAUGAAUUGCUUCCUUGCCAUGGAGUCCUGCACAUUCAUGGUCAUGGCCUAUGACCGCUAUGUGGCCAUUUGCCACCCACUACGAUACCCAUCCAUAAUCACCGACCAUUUUGUGGUUAGAGCUACCAUAUUUGUUGUGGCCCGGAAUGGCCUCUUUUUGCUUCCUGUUCCAGUCCUUUCUUCCCGACUCAGAUAUUGUGCAGGGAACAUCAUCAAGAACUGCAUCUGCACUAACCUGUCUGUGUCCAAACUCUCCUGUGAUGAUAUCACCUUCAACCGGCUCUACCAGUUUGUGGCAGGCUGGACCCUCCUGGGCUCUGACCUCAUCCUUAUUGUUCUCUCCUACUCCUUCAUCCUGAAAGCUGUGCUAAGGAUCAAGGCUGAGGGUGCUGCGGCCAAGGCCCUGAGCACGUGCGGUUCCCACUUCAUCCUCAUCCUCUUCUUCAGCACCGUCCUGCUGGUUCUGGUCAUCACUAACCUGGCCAGGAAGAGAAUUCCCCCAGAUGUCCCCAUCCUGCUCAACAUCCUGCACCACCUCAUCCCCCCAGCUCUGAACCCCAUUGUUUAUGGUGUGAGGACCAAAGAGAUCAAGCAGGGAAUCCAGAAACUACUGAGAAGGUUGUAA